CGCUACGAACCAAAAGUCCAAAACCGAGCUUCCUCAUUUCACUCCACCGUUGCACGCCAUGAAUGAUAAUAUUAUCAACUUCUCCAAAUCUCUUCCUCACACCGUCUUCUUAUAACAAGCAUUAUACACAGAUCUGGCACGCUGGGCAUAUAUGUUGAGCCCCGUUUCUUAGCAAAAUUUUGGUUCUUUUCUUCUUUUUUUCUUGGCAAAAGAUGGCUUUUGAAUAUCAAGAGGGAUACAUAAGGAAUUCAAGAGGGGUGCAGCUUUUUACUUGCAGAUGGCUGCCCUUUUCUUCUCCAAAGGCUCUUGUUUUCCUUUGCCAUGGGUAUGGCAUGGAAUGCAGUGAUUUCAUGAGAGAUGUUGGGAUCAAGCUAGCGAGCCAUGGCUAUGCUGUGUAUGGAAUUGAUUAUGAAGGGCAUGGACGGUCAAUGGGUGCUCGCUGUUACAUCGAAAGCUUUGACAACAUUGUGAAGGAUUGCAGUCUCUACUUCAAAUCAGUUUGUGCACAGGAGGAGUACAGAGAGAAGAGAAGGUUUUUGUAUGGGGAAUCUAUGGGAGGGGCAGUGGCACUGUUAAUACACAAAAUGGAUCCUUCUUUCUGGCAUGGCGCGAUUCUUGUUGCCCCUAUGUGCAAGAUAUCUGAGAAGGUGAAGCCACAUCCCCUGGUUAUAAGCUUGCUCACUAAAGUUGAAGAUGUGAUACCAAAGUGGAAAAUUGUUCCCACAAAAGACAUCAUAGAUUCAGCCUUCAAAGACCCCGUGAAACGUGAGGAGAUACGGGGAAACAAGUUGAUCUACCAGAAGAAACCCAGAUUGAAAACCGCUCUAGAAAUGCUAAGAACUAGCAUGAACCUCGAGGAAAGUUUGUGGAAGGUAAGCAUUACUAUAUUGCUCAAAUUCUAUGAUGCACAAAAACUCCCGGGGAUUACACUUCCAUUCUUCGUGCUGCAUGGCGAAGCAGAUACAGUAACAGAUCCAGAAGUGAGCAAGGCAUUGUACAAACAAGCCAGUAGUAAAGACAAGACAAUCAAAUUGUAUCCUGGAAUGUGGCAUGGUCUGACAUCCGGUGAGCCUGAUGACAACAUUGAAAUUGUGUUUUCAGACAUUAUUUCUUGGCUUGAUAAGCGAUCGUCAAAUGAAACUGAUGCUACUUCCCAAUCCCAAGUAAUUCCAGUUCCUGCCUCGGGGAUGAUACCACGAAGAACAACAUCACACACGAGUUAUUUCUGCAGACGCGCACAAUUUCAUUCUGCAAUGUAAAGAUCUUAGUAAUAAUAUAUUUGAUAUGUUCUGUCACCUGCUUAAUGCUGUGAUGAGUUCCACCACCAUUUUCACCUGUUUAAUAGUAUCUUUCCACACAAAAUGGGAGGAACAGCAAUGUUGAUUUGAUCAAAAAACAAACUGCAGUGUGAACACUUGUAUUCAUGUAUUAUAAACGUACACCGAAUGAUA